CUUUUCGUCGACUUUGGUCUUCUUGCCGCCGAAUGACUAUUUUCCUGAGCCAGCGCCAGCACAGAGACGGCGUUCGCAUGGAUCUACGCGACGACACGUCACCGACCUUCAAGGUGAGCGGUGUCGAGCACCACCGGCUUGUACACGUCAGUCUCUUGGGUCGCGGAUGCAGCGGCAACGUUAUCAAGGCGCACGAUCCCGAGACCAAUACUUUCUAUGCAAUCAAGACUGUCAACAACGUCUACGACAAAAGCCAGCGCAAUCAGAUAUUCACAGAGAUCCAAACUCUGCUCGUGGAUUUUUACGGCGCAUACUUUAAGGACCACGCUUUGAGUUUGAUUUUGCAGUUUUGCGACUGUGGAUCCCUCGACAACGUCGUCAAAAAGAUUGGCCGCAUUCCCGAGGCCAUUCUAGCUUGCAUGACGUUCCAAAUCCUUUGUGGUCUACAGCAUCUAAAGGAACAUCGCCACUUCCACCGCGACGUCAAGCCCCAAAACAUCCUCGUGACGAGCGACGGCCACGUGAAGCUGACGGAUUUCGGUCUACCUGGCAAUACAUCCAUCUUAUCGGGCACAUUCGACAUGGCAAACACGUUUGUGGGCACGUUCAAGUACAUGUCCCCCGAGCGCAUCCAAAACCAGCCUUACGACUACACGUGCGACAUCUGGAGCUUAGGCCUCGUUCUUGUCGAGUCGGCAACGGGACGCUACCCGUUUGAAAACUGUUCGAGCUAUAUUGACAUUGUGCAGUCAAUCAUUGAAGCCACGACGCCUUCGUUGCCCCCGGACGGUACCCCCUCAAACACGAGUCAACGCCAACGCGACACAACCGUAGAAUUUUCUGAAGAAUUCCGCGAGUUUAUAGAUGGCUGCUUGCACCGAGACAUUCGCCACCGCGCGUCGGCCGACGAGCUGCUCUACUCGCCUUGGCUUGAGAAGCACGACGCGACGGACGGCCCGACUUGCAUUGCGACAGUUCGCGCGUGGCUCGACCGAAACAUGUAGUUGCAGCCACACAAAGAAAUACAAUUGUAUAGCCUAAUCGACGAGUUUGUAAUCGAGAUGG